AUGGAGGAAAGGGGGGACACCACAUCUAUCUAUCUAUCUAUCUAUCUAUCUAUCUAUCUAUCUAUCUAUCAUCUAUCUAUCUAUCUAUCUAUCUAUCUAUCUAUCUAUCUAUCUAUGUUUUGUCUCUUUCUUAGUUUCUUUCUCGCUUUCUUUCUUUCUCAAUUUUGUCUUUUCUUUCGUUGUUUCUAUCUAUCUAUCUAUCUAGUUUUGUCUCUUUCUUUCUUUCUCAUUUUUCUCUUUUUUUUCUUUCUAUCUAUCUAUCUAUAUCUAUCUAUCUAUCUAUGUUUUUUCUCUUUCUUAGUUUCUUUCUUUCUUUCUCAAUUUUGUCUUUUCUUUCUAUCUAUCUAUCUAUCUAUCUAUCUAUCUAUCUAUGUUUUGUUUUGUCUCGUUCUUUCUUUCUCAUUUUUGUCUCUUUCUUUCUUUCUUUCUUUCUUUCUUUCUUUCUUUCUUUCUUUCUCCGUCUGUUCAUUAUCUAUCUAUCUAUCUAUCUAUCUGUUUUGUCUAUUUUUUUUCUUUCUUUCUUUCGUUCUUUCUUUCUUUCUUUCUUUCUUUCUUUCUCAAUUUUGUCUUCUUUCUUUCUUUCUUUUUCAAUUUUGUCUUUUUCUUUCUUUCUUUCUUUCUUUCUUUCUUUCUUUCUUUCUUUCUUUCUUUCUUGUCACAAUGACGAAUUUCUAA